CUUUUUUAUUAAAAAAAAUAAAUUAAAGUAAAACCGGGGCACGACGCACACCGUUGACGAUAAGUGAACAGAAAAUGAAAAAAGAGCGCAGGUAACAGUGGGCACUGCCACUACUACACACUCGAACCGCUUGGUUCAAGUGGCACUUCUCGGCGGACGGGAAGGUGAGCCGAGCGAUGAGCACAGCGAGGAGGAAGUGACGGAUGCACCUCCGAGCUCCUCCGCGCGCCGCGGUUCGCUGCGCUCCUCCACGUCUCUUCCCGGCCUCCGCCAGCCGGCACCUCCGCGUUCCAACAUGGCUGCGGUGGAACGACAGCAAGUGAAGGAGGGGGUCCGCAUCGUUAUGCUCUGUGUCUGCUGGUACACGGUGAGCUCCGGGGGCAACGUCGUCAACAAGAUCAUUUUGAACGGGUUCCCGUACCCGGUCACUGUGUCGCUCUUCCACAUCCUGUCCGUCGUGCUGUUCCUGCCGCCGCUGCUGCGGGCGUGGGGGGUCCCGAAAGCCGAGCUGCCGCGCAGGUACCAGCGCUGCUACAUUCUGCCUCUGGCCUUCGGCAAGUACUUCGCCUCCGUGUCGGCGCACUUCAGCAUAUGGAAGGUGCCCGUUUCCUACGCGCACACAGUCAAGGCCACAAUGCCGAUAUGGGUUGUCUUGUUGUCACGAAUCAUCAUGAAGGAAAAACAAACAACAAAGGUGUACGUAUCGCUAAUUCCCAUAAUUGGGGGUGUGCUGUUAGCUACUGUCACUGAACUUUCUUUUGACCUUUCUGGAUUGAUCAGUGCUCUUGCAGCCACCCUCUGUUUCUCAUUACAAAACAUAUUCUCCAAAAAGGUAUUGCGAGAUACACGAAUUCACCACCUUCAGCUCCUUAACAUCCUGGGCUUCAGUGCAGUACUGUUCAUGGUGCCUACCUGGGUUCUGGUUGACUUGUCCACGUUUCUAGUGGAUGGAGAUUUGACCGAAAUAGCUAACUGGACUGGAACCUUCCUGCUGCUUGUAGUCAGUGGUUUCUGCAACUUUGCACAGAACGUCAUUGCCUUUAGCGUAUUGAACCUGGUCAGCCCUUUGAGCUACGCAGUGGCCAAUGCCACCAAGAGGAUCAUGGUCAUCAGCAUCUCCUUGUUGCUGCUGCGCAACCCUGUUACCUUCUCAAACGUGCUGGGCAUGUUGACUGCCAUCUUGGGCGUCUUUCUCUAUAACAAGGCAAAGUAUGAUGCCAACCAGGAAACCAAGAAGAAGUUGCUACCAGUUUCCAAACAGGACAUGGUCUCCUUUGACAACGUGGGCAUGGGGCUGGACACGGUGCAGCCCAACGGUACAGUGCCUUUCCCCAAAGGGUCGGACGUGCAGUAUGGCCGCAGCAACGUGCUCACUGAUCACUUUCAGUACAGCCGACAGACUUUCUCCAUGGGCUUCAGUUCCAACCAGUACGAUGUGUAAGACUAUGCCCAUUAUUAAGGGCACCGUGUAUUUUCAGUAUGUUCCCCACAGCAUUGUCCAGACGUAGUAAGACUGCAGAGGAUGGCCAGUGCUGGUCUUUAAGUGAAAGAAACAGAGACUUUUGAUGAAGGAUAAACACUUUUACUCUUAUAAGGGCAGGUCCUCAAAGAGAUGAGCAGACCCUUGUCACAGACCUGUGGUGUUGUCAUAUCCAAACUUACCUUUAAUUCACUGUUUUCCUUUCUUGUUCUCUGGCAAUAUAACAUUGUUGAGUGAAAUAAUUUAAAAUAAUGUUUCUUGCAACAUUUUAAAACAUAUCAUUCGGAGUAAACUGUGAUCUUGUUAUUAAAUUGCCUUGUUAGGCACAAUAGUAACAAGUUCAAGUCUAGAAAUACAUAUGAUUGAAAAUGCGAAUGCUUUGCAGAUCAUAUCUGGAACAUGAACAGAAAAUAUUCAGUGUCUAUGCUAUUUCUGAUUGUAUUUUACAAAAUUAAAUUGUGUCAAUAUUUUGCUCAGUCAGAAAUGUUUUGGCAGAAGACAAUAACAAAGCAGUGAAUCAAAGAAAAUUUGUGCCGUUUUUCGUGAAGUGACCUGUACUCACACGAGUUAUAGUUCAGCAAUAUUCAUUGCCAUGAAGCCCAUAAAUGAGAUGAGGCAAGGACCGCAACUAGUUUCAGUUGGGGUUUAGUUGGCUCUGAAGUUAGUGUGCCGACUGUUGACGUCCUCACCCAUCCUGUAAAUCUCAAAACUAUUUAGGUUUAUUUAAUAAUGUGAAGUACAGGUAGCGCUAUCAUUGUUUAUUGUAUGUGUAAAACAUUAUUGGUUUGUAGUUUUUGGUGUUAAAUUGUAUUUGGAAGGAGAAUUAAGAGGGAAAUGGCAUUAGUUCUUUUUUGUAUGAUAAUGUAAGAAAUAAUGUUUAACUCUGACAAAAUAAGAAUGCAUUAUAUCAAAGGAGUUGAAAAUGUAUUUUUAUUUUUUAUAAAGGGUGUAUUUUGUACAAUACAGUUCAUUAUGUCUGAAUCAUAAAAUAUUAAUUUAAAUUUAGCUAUGAAAUCAUUGCUUACUUUGUGUUGCACAGCAUGGUAUUGAUUGAGGUGUCCUAGCAGUUGUAAAUUUUGCUCAGUUUUUUUAUACUUUUUUGAAGUUCCAAGGAUCUUGUGUACAUCUGCAAUGAGUUAAUCCUGCAAAGUGAGUAAUAUUCACCAUCCUGAGGGUCUGUGUUGUGUAGCAAUACCCUGAUUUUGCUAUACCAACAAACGUGAAUUCUACUUUUCGUGGGUGCUUGAGGAAAUAUGAUGUAUGGAAUAGUCUAAAUUCAUCACUGACAGGCUUGUGUGAUUUAAGUAUGUGAGAAUGACAGGAAGUUUCCACUGUUUUCAACACAAAAAGCCUGUAUACCUUCCAGGGAAAAAAAAAAGAUCUUCUAAAGAUAUCUAGCAAACAUGGAAAAUUAUCCUUUCUUUUAGAGCAGUAGACUUUUUCAUGAACAAGUCUUGUGACUAAGAUGCAUUAUGCUGGAAAGAUUUUGUGUGUUUGUGUUAGUGUAUCUCUCCAUCAGUGCACUCUAAGGAGUGCACACACAAAAACUUGAGAUGGAAACCUGUAACAAUACCUACACAGGUGGAACAUUGAAAAAUGUUGGAAUCAUAGUGCUAAUUUAUUGCAAUACAACUGCUGUAUUAUUGUGUUUGGUUUUGGGUUGUGUAUAUAUUUAUGUAUAUAUGUGAUUUGAAAUUUCUGUACCUCCUCACAAGUGAUAGGGCCUUUUAAGUUAAGGAAAGGUUACAGUGUCGUAAACUUAUAAUGCUCUUUAACUGAUGCCGCUAAUAUUAAAAAUUUUCAGCAUUUAUUUGAAAGUUUUUUUUUUUUUUUUUUAACUGCCAGCUAAACACAGUAGAGAUACUGUGUCUUUAUUUAAUGUUCAUAUAGGGAAAGCACCAUUUCAUAUAAAUUUCACAUAUAUGCACCCUGAAAUCAUCACCUUAAAAAAAAUAGCUCAGAUGUAACAUUUCUUCCACCGUUUAAAACUUGUUGCACUGGAAUUUUAUGUAAUCAUUACAGUAAAGAAUGCCUAUAUAGUAGUUUUCUUGAGGUUUCAUAUACUCCAGUCAAAAAUAAGCAUGAUAUUAACGCUGAAAUGGGUGUUAUUACAUGACAAAUCUGGGCAAGACAAUCAAGAUCCUAUUUUUAACACCCUAAUGUUCAAAAACAGAAACAUCUAUCCUGCUGUUUAGUGUUCCUCUUCCUUUGCUGUAGUACCGUUUAUAUAUUUCACUGUUUUAA